AUGGCGGCGUGUCCACACAUUGCCUCUGCCGACAUCCACCCUCCCAGGCCCGCCGACAGCGUGUACCGCGAAGACUGCACCCUCUGCUUCGAUAGCGUCGAUGACCCCGCCGGCGUGGAUGUAUGCCUUCACUGCUUCAACGGCGGCUGUGCAGGAGACAGACACCACAGCAAGCUCCAUGCUCAACAAGCUCAACACCCUCUAGCGGUCAACAUCCGGCGAACUCGCAAGCGGAAGGAACGAGACGACAGCGAGCCUCCCGAGAAGAUCAGCAAGUUGGAGAUCAAGGCCGAAACGGAAGAGGAGCGAUACGAUACCAAGACGACUGUUAGGUGCUUGGAGUGUGGCGUAGACGACCUUUCCAGAAAUGGCAAGGUCGGCGAGGUGGUGGAGGGCGUGCUCAAGGCAAACACUUUCGCUACACAACAGAACAUCAAGGAAUGGGAGCUGGAGAUUGAACCCUGCGAGCAUACUGGAGCGUUUCUGGUGCAAGAGACUGCAAAGACAAUAGCGAGCGGAGAUUUGGGACAGUGCAGUCAGUGCGAUCUGAAGGAGAACCUGUGGCUGUGCCUGACAUGUGGCAACUUGGGUUGUGGGCGAGCUCAGUACGGCGGUGCUCCAGGCAACAGCCAUGCUAGAGAGCACGGGACAAAUGUGGAACACUUCGUGGCCGUCAAGCUCGGGUCGCUUACUGCAGAGGGUACUGCCGACCUGUACUGCUACAAAUGUGACGAGGAGAGGUCCGAUCCUUUACUUGCUGAGCACCUGAUGCAUUGGGGAAUCAACAUUGCGGACCGCGUGAAGACCGAGAAGAGCUUGACAGAGAUGAACGUUGGAUUCAAUUUGAGCUACGACUUCGCGAUGACUGACGAGAAGGGCCAUCAGCUGGAACCUCUCUUUGGCCCCGAGCUCACCGGUCUGAGGAAUCUGGGCAACACUUGCUACAUGGCUUCGGUUCUACAGUCUCUCUUCUCCAUGCCCGAGUUUUGCAAGCGAUAUAACAGACCCGAUGAACCAUUGCCACCAAUCAGCAAGCCGGCCGAGGACCUUGAGGUGCAACUCCGAAAGAUUGCUGACGGUCUUCUCUCGGGACGCUACAGCAAGCCAGAAGAUUUGGUCAACUACGGAGAUGAUCCCGAAGCAAAGCCUCAUCAAAAAGGUCUAGCACCAGCGAUGCUCAAGGCUUUGGUCGGCAAAGGCCACGCCGAGUUCAGCACCGCACGACAGCAGGAUUCAUUUGAACUGCUUCUCCAUUUGCUGAAGCUCAUCUCUCGAUCGCAACAAGGCGCGAGAGGCCAGUACAAGGACAUAUACGAUCCUGUCGAUGCUUUCCGCUUUUACAUGGAGCAGAAGCUGCAGUGUAUACAAUGCAAGAAGGUUCGGUACCGCCAGGACGAAAUGGAAAAUAUCUCUGUCGCUGUCCCGAUCAAGCGGCUACCGAAGUCCGAAGACACUGCCAUGGCCACAAAUGGAGAGAGCGAGAAGGAGAAACAAAAUGAGAAGGAGCAAUUCGAGCCUGUUACGCUCAAGCAGUGCCUUGAUGAUUUCACAGCUCCCGAAAUCGUCGCCCUGACCUGUGCUGGCUGUGGCAACAAGGGCUUCACUAAACAGUCGCUUUUCAAGACGUUCCCAAAUAUCCUCGCAAUCAAUGCACGGAGAUUUGAGAUUGUCAACUGGGUACCCACCAAGCGAGAUGUUCCUGUCGUCGUCAGUGACGAGGUUUUCGACAUGGAGGCGUAUCGCAGCAAGGGCAAGCUGCCAGGCGAGGAAGAGCUGCCGGAAGGAGCCGCUGCUGGCGCGGGCGAAAGUAACAAAUUCGUGCCGAACGAGAUGGCCUUGGAGAUGCUGAUGAGCAUGGGCUUUCCGAAGGUGCGAUGCGAGAAGGCGCUCAAUGCCACUGGCAACUCAGAUGCCGAGGCUGCUGCUGGGUGGUUGUUCGAGCACAUGGAAGACCCGGAUAUCGACGUGCCGAUGGAUGCUGGCAAUGAUGGUGCAGCUGGAGGUGCCGCCGGCGGUGCGGUUGAUCCAGAGAAGAUCGAGAAUCUCGGCAGCAUGGGAUUCUCCGCGCCGCAAGCCCGCCAGGCACUGAAGGAGACUGGUGGCGACAUGGAGCGCGCGGUGGACUGGCUGUUCUCCCAUCCCGACGCUACUGGCGACUUUGGUGAUGAUGUCGCUGACGCUGCAGACGGAUCAGCAGACGCGGCUGCAUCGGCGAUGGAAAUCGAAGAUACCAAGCCGGCCAAAUUCUCACUCAACAGUAUCGUCUGUCACAAGGGUGGAAGUAUCCAUGCUGGCCACUACGUCGCUUUCAUCAAGAAGAAAGAAGGCUGGGUUCUGUUCAAUGACGAGAAGGUUGCAUUGGGCGGUGAUGUUGACGAGAUGAAGAAGUUUGCUUACAUCUACUUCUUCCGCCGUGAGAGCGUAUGA